UAAAAAACCCCUUGGGGAGUUUAGAGCGGAAAGAGAGCGACCACUCUUUGCAGACCUAGAGCCACCCUCAGAAUUGGCAGCGUGAACGCAGACGCCUCGGAGCCACCGAGAGGAGGAUGAGUCCCUGGAGCUGGUUCCUGCUGCCGACCCUCUGCCUGCUGCCCGCGAUCGCAGCCCCUCCGCGCGGCGCGCCCGCCUCCGCCAACUGCAAGCUCAAGGCCCAACAAAAUGAGUUGAAUUCCUUCUUGUGGACCAUAAAGCGAGACCCUCCGUCUUACUUCUUUGGCAUGAUCCAUGUCCCGUACACCUGGGUUUGGGACUUCAUCCCGGACAACUCCAAGGAGGCUUUUCAGCAGAGCAGCAUUGUGUACUUUGAGCUGGACCUCACAGACCCUUACACUAUCUCGGCCCUCACCAGCUGUCAGAUGCUGCCACGAGGUGAGAACCUCCAGGACGUGCUCCCCAGGGACAUUUACUGCCACCUUAAGCGCCACCUUGAGUACGUCAAGCCCUCGUGGAUGACACCUGACCAGCAUGGUAAGGGUCUCUAUGCAGACUGCCUGUUCAAUGCCAUCGCGGGCAACUGGGAGCGGAAGAGGCCCGUCUGGGUGAUGCUCAUGGUCAACUCCCUGACUGAAGUGGACAUCAAGUCCUGUGGGGUGCCUGUCUUAGACCUGUACCUUGCCCAGGAGGCCAAGUGGCUGAGGAAACAGACGGGGGCAGUGGAGAAGGUGGAAGAGCAAUGCCAUCCGUUGAGUGGGCUGAACUUCUCACAGGUCAUCUUUGCUUUAAACCAGACCCUCCUGCAGCAGGAGAGCCUGCGAGCGGGCAGCCUUCAGAUCCCCUACACAACAGAGGACCUCAUCAAACACUAUAACUGCGGGGACCUCAGUUCCAUCAUCUUUAGCCAUGACAGCUCCCAGGUUCCCAAUUUUAUUAACGCCACGCUACCACCUGAGGAGCGCAUCACUGUUCAGGAGAUCGACAGCUACUUCCGCCGGGAGCUUAUCUACAAGCGGAACGAGAGAACGGGGAAGCGGGUGAAGGCCCUUUUGGAAGAGUUCCCUGACAAAGGCUUUUUCUUUGCCUUUGGGGCCGAGAAAAGACCAGAAACCCGUUGUCACAGCCCGUCUCCUCUGCCGGCUUGGCUCCGGAAGCGCCCGCCCCGGAAGCUCAGGUACCGGAAGCUGGGUCUGCCGGGCCCCCACUGUUGCCGCUCCAUGUGUCUCUGCCCAGAAGUUCCUACCUGCCGGGCGACGCACGACGAAAGUUCCGCAAGAAGCAGAGGCGGUCGCAGCGGAGGCAGCGGCUCCGGCAGUUCAGCGACCUGUGGGUCCGACUGGAGGAGAGGUGAGGUGGCUGGACCGGGCUGGGCCAGCCGCGAGCCCAUCGCCCGGUCCGUCCUCACCCCGGAAGUGCUGUGGGCAGCCCCCCAGGAAUGCGGUCACACUGCUUCAGGGGCGGAAGUUCAAGGCUGUGGUAGGGGGUGGCCAUGCAGGGAUUGGGCACUUUACACCAGAGCUGAGCUGAAAGGACCAGUGCUGGGCUCCCACAGCUCCAGAUCCCCGUUCUGGACAGGCGCAUUUCCGCCGAGCUGCGGCUCCCUCGCCCUGGGCAGUCUCCCCACAGCCAGAUGGUGGUCAGCAGUGCCUGCCUGUCUGUCUGGACACCUAUGUUAUGGGUGCUGGUGCUGGUGCUGGCUUUCCAAACAGAGACAACCCUCCUGUAAUGACCAGAGAAGCCAAGCCAAGACCUGACGCCUCGGACUUGAAGGACAGCCAUUUUGUACUCCACACUCUGCUCUGGCCCUGAUAGGCCCAUCCCAGGAGAAGAGACUCCAAAUUAAAAAGCCAGCAUUGAUUCUUCUUUUUCCAAGGAAUGACUUCGGGUUAUCCAGCAAUGCUUGGGGGAGGUGUAUAGUUUUGUAACGUGAUGAGCUGUAUGAAAAUAAUUAAUUGUAAGCAAAUUAUUAAAUACUU